UAGGAAAGUGUUAUAGAAAUCACUUUAGUUUAAAACGUUCGAAUGGUACAACCAGCUACUGACUGAUACAGUACGCACGGACGAUUUCCGUAACGUUUCCGAAGUCCCGCACUACCGUUUCGAAUUAUAAUGUUGUUGUUUUUAUUAUUAUUUUUUUGAACGUUCUUUCGAAGACUAGAAAACUCGAUGAUAAGAAUUUCUUACGGAAAUAACUUUUUUUCUUCUUCCGAUUUGGAAUACGCUUGACUCAAUCGCGAAAUGGAAUAACAGAUGGUGGUUUCACAGCGAAAGUAAAACCUUUUCAAUGUUUUGGUGACAAGCAAGGUGAUACUUUAAACAUUAUUUAAAAAAAAAAAAAUUAUAAAAAAUUGAAUAUCAGCAUUUGUGUUUUUUUUAAUGUAAGUGCUCUCUUCAAAAAUUGUGUGAUGUAAGGAUUAAAUUGUCUGGGAAAAUAGUCUCAAGAAUAGGAAAUUUCCGAAAAGGUUUGAUUUUCGAUCUCUUAAACUGGUAUUGGACACAUUCGAAGAUUGAAACAUUUCCAAAACGGCGAUGUCUUGGACAAAUACGUGGCUUCCUCUCGUCAGAAAAUUAGGCAGAAGAUUAACUGGAGACGAAGUGGCAGAAUCUGAAAAGAUCAGAAUCUUACCUGCAACUGCCUCAAAGAAAAACACAAACAGCGCGAAUCAUCAACAAGAAACUGAUGAUAUCAGCUGUUCCGCGCAGAGUAGCACUUCAUCUUUCGCAAAUGAAUCUUCCAGCAGUAAAAAAAGAAAACAAGUCAAUCAGACAGAUGAUGAAUAUUACAAAAAAGACAGUUCGUUUUACAAUAUGGGGUUCACACUCUCACCUUCUGACCUUGAACGAAGCUGGAAACAAACCAGAUCUAGCAUCAGUGGUGGUAGUGCAUCAGAAAGUAGUUUAAGAAGGACCAAAAGUGAAUGUAAAAUAUCCAUUAAUAGAGAACCCAUUGACAAUACCUACAUUGAGAAACAAUGUGGUCCUAAACCUUCAGAUACUGCAACCAAAAAGGCCAAAAAGUACUUUUCAUCUCAUUGUAACUGCAGUAUGGCUUGCAUAGUAUCAUUUUUUACCUCAUUAUUUCCUAUUUUAUCCUGGCUGCCAAAGUAUAGACGAGAGUACUUUAUAUCAGAUAUUAUUGCCGGCUUUACUAUAUCUAUUCUUCACAUACCUCAAGGUAUGGCCUAUGGUGUUCUAGCAUCUGUAAAAGCACAAAAUGGAUUGUAUGUGUCCUUCUUCCCUGUUCUAAUAUAUUGUUUACUUGGAACAUCAAGGCAUAUAUCUAUUGGCACAUUUGCUGUCAUCAGUUUGAUGUUGAGCAAUGCUGUUUUUAGUGCCGGUGCUGUAAGUCACAAAAGUCUUGUGAAUGAAACUCUUCAGAAUGGUUCAACAACGAAUGUCGUACCAGAUCACAUAACUAGUAUUGAAGUUGUUACUACUAUUGCUCUUUCCGUUGGGUUACUACAGAUAGGAAUGGGUGUGUUUCGACUUGGCUCACUUUCUGUUGUCCUUUCUGAUCAACUGGUAUCUGGUUUCUCUACUGGAGCAGCUUGUCAUGUUGCUACUUCACAAAUGAAAGAUUUGUUUGGCAUAACAGUAAAUCGUUACAGUGGAGCAUUGCAAUUAAUUUAUUCUCUUCGAGAUGUUCUGCAAAAUGUUAUGCACACAAAUAUAGCGACAUUGAUUACCUCGGCUAUUGCAAUUUUCACGUUGGCAUUUUUUAAGGAACAAAUCGAUGGACGACUGAAAGGGCGAUUAAGAAUGCCUAUUCCUAUUGAUCUCAUUGUGGUUGUUGUUGCAACUACAAUCUCAUAUGGUGUAGAUCUGCAUCAUAAAUACGGUGUUUCUAUCAUUAAAGAUAUACCAACAGGAUUGCCCGCACCAAAUCCUCCAAGAAUGGAUCUUUUUUUCCCUCUACUUGUGCACAGCAUAUCAGUUGCUAUUGUUAUAUUUGCAAUAUCACUUUCUAUGGCAAAACUUCUUUCAAAAAAACAUAAAUAUACAAUUCGUCCCAAUCAGGAACUGAUUGCAUUAGGUAGUGCCAAUGUGUUUGCCUCAUUUUUCUCCUGUUAUCCUUGUUCUGCUUCUUUAUCUAGAAGUCUUGUUCAAGAAAGAGCCGGUGGAAAAACUCAGGUUGCUGGUAUUGUGUCUUGCUGUAUACUUCUAAUAGUUUUACUUGCUUUAGCACCAAUGUUUUAUUCUCUACCAAAGAGUAUUCUGUCUUGUAUAAUUCUUGUUGCACUGAAGCCUAUGUUUUUGCAAGUAAAAGAUUUUUGGAGCGCUUGGAAAAUAUCUAAAUUAGAUGCUCUUAUUUGGCUGGUUACUUGUUUGGCAACUGUAUUUAUAAAUGUUACUUAUGGACUGUUAGUGGGAGUUUUAUUUUCGUUAUUGUCUGUGAUAGCUAGAACUGUGAUACCAUCUAGAACCUUCCUAGGCAGAGUACCAGAUUCCGAUAUUUACUUAGACCUCAAACGUUACGAUGCGGCAAGGGAAAUUAAAGGAAUAAAGAUAUUUCACUUUGAGAGUGCGCUCUAUUUUAUCAAUAGAGAACUUUUUAAAUCAUACUUAAAUAAACAUAUUCCAUUGAAAGAUGAAAGUUCUGAAAAUGCUUUAUCGGCCAAAAAUAGUGGAGAAAAAGUGCACAGAAUAAUAAUUGAUUGUUCAACAUUUUCUUUCAUUGAUCUGGCUGGACUUGACACCCUUCUAGAAAUUAUGAAAGAAUAUCAAGAAGCUGGUAUUAGUGUAUAUCUGGCAGCUUGUUCAAUGGCAAUGCUUGAUGUUAUGGCCAAAGCCAAGUUCUUUGAAAAGACCCCUCUACACCCUUCAGUUUUUCCUACUAUACAUGAUGCUGUUGAAUUCCAAUAUUUUUCUCAUGUUAGUGGUAACAGUUGAUAGAUAAAUAUUGUUUGUUAUUCAUGUUAUUUAUAGUUACUAUAGAAAUUGUACAUAUUUUGCUCAUUUGAAAAUUGAACUGUGAUGAAGAAAAGUGAUAAAUUAUAGAAGUAUUUAUUGAAGAGAAAGUAUUUUGAAGGAAACUAUUUUUUAGACAUAAUAAAUAUUUUUUGAUUACUUUAUCAAAAAUACUACUCAAAGAAUUAAAUACUUUCCAAAAAAAUAUACUCUAUUUUGCAGUUUUGUUUAACCAUAAAAAGGUUUUUUUUAAAAAAAGUAUUAUGAAUAGAGCUAAAAAUGAGUUUGUUUUUAAAACACAAUUUAGAAUUGCCUAUAUAUAUUUUUUUUUAUCCACUGUACAUAAAACUGUUCUUUAAAAUUUAAUAAUUGGUAAUGUUUAUACACUACUUAUAUAUCUCUAAUUGCAGUAACAUUAUAGUAUCCUAAUGUUGCAUUGAUACGUUUUUACAUCAACUGAACUUAUGAAAUGUGAUAGUUUUCUAUUAUAAAUAAUCAAAUUAUUAAUUUAGAUACAGUAGAGCUUCGAUUAUCCACAGAAUUGGGUAGCAAGGGUAUAACGGAUAAUCCAGAAACGAAAAAAUAUCAAAUGUAAGGUGGAAAAGCGAACAUAAUUUUAAAAUGUAUUCAAAUAUUUAUAUAUAUUUCAAACAUGUAACAAGGAUAUUUGUUCUACGUCUAAAUUACUGAAUUAACUAACUGUAAAAAAGAAAAAAUUGCACUUCUAACAGAACAUGCUUUUUAAAAGUGUCCAUACAUAAAAGGUCUGAGUGCUGUUAACUCGCAGAUAAUCAGAGCUCUACUGUAUGUAUAAAAAAAAAUUUAUCUGACUAUUUGAUUAUGAGAAAAAAAACUUUUUUUAUUGGAAAAAUUGUUAAUUGCACAUUGAUAUAAAGAGUACGUAAUAGGCAUUUAAUGUAUUUUGACUACAGACUAGACUACUAUUCAUUAGUGAGAUUCUGUUCAUAACAAUAAAAAAUAGUAUUGCUUCAUCAAACAAAAUUUUAACUAAUUCAUUUUUAUAUACUAUUUGAAUUUUUAAAUAUUAAUUUAUAGAUUCAAAUAUUGUUUUCCAAAUCAGAAUUUAAUAUUUCUUUCUGAAAAUAAAAGUACUCUCUUUAAAACAAAAGCAUUCUUUCCAGAAUUUAAAAAAAAAAACCUCUGAGAUUUCCUGAGUUAAAAGAUUUUUGUAUUUUCAUGAUUUAAAUUCUAAUCAAAAUUAACAUACAUAAAUACAUAUUAAAAUUGUUAACUUUUUUUAAAAUCUAAAAUUAUUUGCUAUUUGAUACAUAAAAGUUUAAUACUUAACAAAAAAUAUUUUAUUCUUAUUUAAUAAAUUUACUAUUAUUAAUUUUAUCUUGUAAUAAAAUGCUUGUUUUAUAAAAAGUGAUUGUGAUAAAAUAGUAAAAGAAUUUUUUUAAAAAUAAAAGUAUCACUGUAGGCAAGAAAAUUAAGCUAAAAUAACACUUUAUAAGUUUCUAUGAAAUAUGAUCUGUUACAUGAACUGUUUUAAUUUGUUAUAUAAAAGCUACUAACUCACUUUUCGUAAAGUUGUUACAUUUGCCGUAAAGUAGUUACAUUAUAAUACUCUAAGGUUAUAUUCCAAGAAAAUUAAAUUAUACUACCCUCUGAAUAAAUUGUUAUAGCAUGAUUUCUUACGUGAACUGUUUAUAUGAAACAGUUUAUUUAUAGUAAUAUUGAAACACACAAUAAUUAAAUUAAUGGUUAAAUUAUAUAACAUCAUAAUGCUGCUAAUCUCUAAUAUUCUAAAAAUUUUCCGAGUUCAUUGCAAAAGCCCCCUUUCCAGAGUAUUUUCAAAUUCAAGUGGCGAUUUUGUUCAACGUGGUUUCAUUUUUUACAAGUGAACAGAAUGCAAUUUGUUUUGAAAUGAAAAUUUUAAAAGCAUCUUCAAAAAAUGUUUAAAAGUUGUCGUUUGAAAGUGUCUCUAACAAUGUUAUAAAAUGAUGAAGGCUUUAUAUCUAGAAAAAUUUCUGGUUGUAUCUUUGUAUUGUAGCUCAUCAGUAUUAAAUGUGUUAAUUCAAUGCUCCACAUGGAUGAGCGCAAAAUGUAAUUUUAGUAUUUGUAGACGAUAUACAGAGCUUUGUAAUUUUAUCUACUUUAAAUAGUUCUACUUAUUUAUUUUUACUGUAUGUGUAAAUAUCAAUUUAAGGGGGAGAACAUCAUUGUGAAUUUUUUCUGGAAUCAAUUUUAUUUACAUACCUUUAAAUGAAAACUUUUCCCACAAAAUCUUUUUAUUUUCAUGUUCACAAAAGCUGAUUUGACCAAAUAAAUACCUUGUUUAAUACUAAUGCAGUUUCUGUUUUACUUAGGAAUUCUUUUAUUAUUAGGUUUUAUAAAUUUUGAGUAUUAAAUUUUUUAAGCCAAGUCUCUUCAUAACAAUUGAUAAUCAUGGCAGUGAUGAAGAAUAUUUUUCAUUUAAUGAACUCUUCAUUUGUGUACACAUCAUGUUACUAAAUGCACUGAAUUGUGUCUGGUAGUAAGAUAGAGUAUUUGAAGAUUGCAAAAGCCUAUUUUAUUGCUAUUAACAUUUUCUGUUUUAAGGAAAAUGGGAUUUACACGAUGCCUCUAUUAAUUUAUCUUCAGUUCACAAAGAAUUGAAUGAACGAUAAAAUUAUAAUUAUCUGAAGACAUUAAAUUGGAAUAGGUAGAAACUUCACUAUGAUAUUCCCCUUUUUAACCAAUUAUUGUAAAGUUAUUCAUGACAAUUAAGCAGUGUUUUUUAAAUCAUUAUGCCUAAGUAUUGAUGUAUAUACUAAGUGAUUUUAAUUUUAAAAUUCAGAAUUCAUAUCAGUAUAAAUUUUUUGUAUAUUUAUGUUUUUAAUCAGAGUUGACAUCUUCCUGUAUAUCUGUCAAGAAUAAAGUAUUCUUUAAUGUUU